CUUUUAAAAACUAACACCCCUGUGACGCACUGUGAUACAGUACAAAGUAUUCUGUCAGCUUUUGAACAACAUGGGAAAGGUUUAUUUUUUACUCAUGAGCUACCUGACAACAAUCAUUUGCAGUUUUUAGAUAUUAACAUCACCAUCAACGAACGACGUGUGUGCUGGAUGUAUCGACCUCGCGCGCGGAAAGAGUUACUUCCUUUUGAUUCAGCGCAUUCAAAGACUGUUAAGAGAGCGAUUGCAACUUCGUGCCUGGAGUCUGCACUGCCGAAGUCUUGUGACCAUCAGGCGGAUGCUAGUUUUAAAUACCAAAUUUCUAGACUGGAAUUAGCUGGCUUCCCGUGUUCGGUCUUGGUUUCUGUGGCGGAGACCGCCUUACAAAAAAUGAAGGGGUUGAAAAGAAAGGUCCCAACGAGGCAGAGAACAAAAAGACCAGAGGUCAUUCCGUACAUACACAAGGUUGCCCACAAUCUGAAGAAAGUUGCAACCAAGUACGAUGUUCCAGCUGUAUUCUCUGCCCCAAAGAAGUUGGCUGGGUUGUGCGCCCGCAUCUCUGAUGAGGAGGCAAAAGCACCGUGUGACAAAAAACACGUCACCCCUUACGUGGACUGCACAGUGGGUGUGGUCUACGAAAUCCCCCUGAGUUGUGGAAAGGUAUACAUUGGCCAGACGGGGCGGUGCAUCAAUGACCGAGCACGGGAGCACGCAUUAUCAGUAAAAAAUAAAUAUGGCUCGCAUUUGCCUAUACAUUGCAACACGUGUGGCUGUGUUCCGCGACUUCAGCAGAUGCGGAUACUAGGAAGAAGCCGAGAGACGGUCGCUCGAGAGCUAUUGGAAGCUUUCUUUAUCAAAAAAAGUGGGACGACAUGUGUCAGCGACACU